CAGCUUUUCGGGUUUAGUUUUAUCAGGACGUUCUGCUGCGUAGCAGGAACUUUAGAAGGGGAAGAAUUAUGAAGGAGGACAGGGAUUCAAUUAUGUCCGAUGUCCCCAGCAAUGCGCCGGAACACUGUCCUGGGACCACCAGUGUAAAGGCAGGGAAGGGCUCAGCAUGCCAGGGCUGUCCGAACCAGACGCUCUGUGCCUCCGGUGCCACCAAGGCUCCCGACCCCGCCAUCGCGGAGAUAGCGGAGAAGAUGCUGACGGUGAAGCACAAGAUCCUGGUGCUGUCUGGGAAAGGCGGAGUGGGGAAGAGCACCUUCAGCGCCCACCUGGCCCACGCCCUGGCCAGCGACGCCAGCAAGGAGGUGGCCGUGCUUGACGUGGACAUCUGUGGGCCCUCUAUCCCGAGGAUCAUGGGUCUGGACGGAGAACAGGUCCAUCAGAGUGGCUCGGGCUGGUCCCCCGUGUACGUGGAGGAGAACCUGGCCGUCAUGUCCAUCGGCUUCCUGCUCAGCAGCCCGGACGACGCCGUCAUCUGGAGGGGGCCCAAGAAGAACGGCAUGAUCAAGCAGUUCUUGAGGGAUGUUGAUUGGGGGGACCUGGAUUACCUCAUCGUGGACACGCCCCCUGGCACCUCAGACGAGCAUCUGUCCAUCGUCCAGUACCUGAGCACUGCUGGCAUUGAUGGGGCUGUUAUCAUCACCACACCUCAGGAAGUGUCGCUGCAGGACGUGCGUAAGGAGAUCCGGUUCUGCCAGAAGGUCAAGCUGCCCAUCAUCGGCGUGGUGGAGAACAUGAGUGGCUUCGUCUGCCCCAAGUGCAAGAACACGUCGCAGAUCUUCCCUCCGACCACCGGGGGCGCUGAGCGCAUGUGCGAGGAGCUGGGCCUCCGCCUGCUGGGCAAGGUGCCCCUGGACCCCAGGAUCGGGCGCAGCUGCGACGAGGGGCGGUCCUUCCUCGCCGAGGUGCCCGACUCCCCGGCGGCCCUGGCCUACGGCCGCAUCGUGGAGAGCAUUCAGGAUUAUUGUUCCAACCUCCUCACCGAGGAGCAGAGACUGGACUGACACAGCGGGCCUGUUGCUCUGGUAAAGAACACACAACAUGGACACGCAUGUUAAAACAAACGCCAGAAAAGAAAAAAAGAUUGGCGUCCUGGCAAUGCAUUGGCCUCCGUCAUGGCGAUGCAUUCUCAAACAUAGACAGAGUUGUUGUCAUGGCAGCCUUGGCAUUGCUGUGAAUUGAUUGGUUGAAUAUCAGGGCUGGUAUACUGCCAGGUACCUCACAAUUCAAUUCCAUUCUUUAGGUCUUGAUUCGAUUCGAUUUCGAUUCGAUAUUGAUCCAAUUGCUUCGAUAUCGAUUCAAUAAUACUCGCAGAUGACAAAAAUGCCUAAAUAUUAUUUUGAAUUAACCAUUUCAAAAUGAAUUAACCAUUUCAUUGUGCUUUAACUAGCAAAAAGGGAAUACACCAUUGUAUAGUAUUGUUCCUGAGCUAAACCUGCAGCAUUAAAAUAAUAAUCAUAACAUGGACAAAUGUAAAAAGGCAUGUACAUUUAGACAUAUUCACUUCUAGAUUACAAUGACUGAGUAUGCUUUUUUUUU